CAAUCGGAGUCUGGCAACAACAAACAACAUACGGCCAGGUCGUCCAUCGCCUUCCUCCGGUGGUUUCGCUUUAGCAAUGAAGUUUUCUAACUCUAUCUAAGUUUGACGAUAUGAUGGAUACAGCGAUAACAAGUUCAAAAACAUAACGCUUGUUCAACGGUUGAUUUGUGCAAAUUAUAGUGAUCUUUCGGUGUCAGAUUUUCUUCUAUCGUCAUCAACUUGUGAGUUUUAUGCGAGAUAUUUGUGACGAUAAAUUAUACGAGAUGAAAUUAUGUGCAUUGAAUUAUGUUUGUAGAUACAUUUGUCGAUGAAUGAUAAAGAUGUCAAAAGGUGUACAACGGGGGAAAACGUGAGGAGUUAACAAACCACCAGUUUUCUACAAUGAUACAAAAUAUGAUAACCAUGGGAGACAUUACUAUGUUAUUAAGGGAACAUCUCAACAUUUCGUAAUUUCAUACCCGAGUUUAUAUGCUAUACUCACGAGAGAACCACAAAACUUCGCUUAUUUCGCCUGUUCUUAAAGAUUGCAAGUCUCCGUGUUGUAGCAAUGGAAUCAAUCAUCUUCUUGAACAACAACCAGAAUGGGGAUAACUUAAAUUCUACCACCGUCAUACCGGAACACCAUUCGAACGAGACACAUGAUGACGACCAUAUAUCAGAAUUCAGUGCUGAAAUGUUCCAGCACCGUCUGCCGAACACGGUCAUCAUGGCGUUAAUGAUGUUUUUUGGCAUCAUUGGUAACUCCGUCGUAUUGUAUGUCUAUUUUACAAAAUUAUCUCACGUGAACAUGGAGCGCUACUUCAUUCCAUUUCUGGCGAUUGUGGAUUUAGUAGCUUGUUUGAUAGGACCCAGUUUUGCUCUGAUGGAGAACGUUUACUCUGUCACUUUUCCUUCGGCCGUGCUCUGUAAGACGCUGUGGUAUGUUACCAGUCUUACCAGUGGAAUAUCAGUUUCUCUUUUAUUCAUCAUCGCCGCGCAUCGCCACCGGAAGCUCUGCUGUCCACAUAAAAAACAAAUGACGGUGCACCACAAACGUAUGUUCAUGGCGAUUAUGUUUAUCACAGUUGCUGUGACUUUGACACCAAUGAUCUUCUUUGUGGAUCUGCAGCACCUUAAAUUUGAGCAUGACAACUAUCAUGUCGAGGGUAUCACGUGUGCUCCCCACAAUCCAGAACAAAGCUUAGAAGAAAGAAUUUAUUUCGGGAUUAUGUUUGGUAUGAUUUCCCUCAUUAUCAUUGCUACUGGUAUCCUUUACGUAUCUAUAGGUAAAGUCGUGUUCGAAAGACUUCAGAAGACCAGGAAGAGUUCAAUUCCAGCGAGUCCCAAAUUAGUAAUCACCCUCACAGACACAACCAUAAAAGAAACCAGCAGAGAAACUGAACCCAGCAAAAAUUCCGAAGAGUCUUCUACCCAAAAUCCCGGGGGACAUCGCUCUAAUCCCAGAACCUAUAGAAAAUACAGACUGAACUUUUACAUAAUGUUUUUUACUAUUUUUAUCUGUAACACGGUGUCCUUCGUUCCGUCCAUGGUGUACCUUCUCCUACAUGAAAAUGACAUUGAGUUUUUCUUCUCGCACGACACCGCUCUUGUCAAUGUCCAUCUGUCGUUGCACAGACUAUAUGUGACUAACCACGUGUUGAACCCUUUUAUAUACGGGUACUUUGACCUCACAUUCAGGAAAAAUGUGAUAGAAACUUUUCGUAACUUGUGUCGGAGGCGAAAUGCACUUGAUAGGAACAUCCCCAUUAGUGAUUCUACAAGAUGCUAGGUGAAUUAGAGGCAUAUACAUACAUACAUACAUACAUACAUACAUACACACAAGUGGUAUGCAUGUGGCAUUUGUGUUGUUCAAAGUUAUAUAUGCUUGUGUG